AUGGCGGUGCCGCCGCCGCCGGUGGCGGAGCCGGUGCCGGGGGACCCGGCCGAGCCCAACCCCUUCUCCUUCCGCGAGUUCGUGCGCUCCAAGGCCCGCGGCGCUGACGGGCCGGGCGGUGACACGCAGGCGGCUUGGCCCGGGCCCGUCGUGCCCCCGCUGCCCGCGGUGCCCGCAGAGUCGGGGGACGAGCAGGAGGAGGACGAGGAGGAAUGGAGCGAGAGCUACCGGCCGCUGGCCGUGGAGCAGGCCCACCUGGGCAGCGCGGCCCCGCUGGGAGCCCCCCCGGGUCCGGAGCGCGUCUCCCCCCGGCAGCCGAGCUACGAGCAGCUAAAGGAAGAGAAUGCUCUUUUGAGAAGCAAGAUCGAUAAGCUUCAGAUUCUGUCUGAAACUCAAGCAGACAAGAUGAGGAAGCUUGAGAAGAAGCUUCAGGAAAACAAAAUCAAAGAAGAAAAAGAAGCACAGGAUUUGGAAGCAAUGGUGCAGCACGUGGAGCAGAAUCUCCAGCUGAUGACUAAACGGGCUGCCAAAGCUGAGAACAGCGCUGCCAAACUGAGGCAGGAAAAUGCACAGCUCCAGGCUGAGCUGAGGAACUCCAGGCUGGAGCAGGAGGCGCUGCGGGCGGGCCAGGCGGGGCUGGCAGCGGCCAGGCAGAACGCAGAGGUGGCCCUGCAGCUCCUGCUCCAGGUCACAACCAGCUCCCGAGCAUCCAUCAGGCAGCUGCUGUCUGGAGCAGAAUCCUUGCAGCUCAUCGCUGAUCUCCUGAAAUCCAUAGACAGAAUCUCUGAGGUGUCAGAGGAUGGACACUGAGUGACUCACACAACACGGAGGACUUUGUUUUUGUACGGAAAUCAUUACUAAAAAAUGAACUUUUCA